AUGCUAGAUUCACCUGAGGAGUUGGAGAAAAGCCACGCCAAUAGUGCGGAUCUAUUAAGGGAAGGAAGUAACCACGUCAUAUUGGAUAUGCCUAACGAAGGAAGGUUACCUGAAAUGAGUAAUUUAGAGUCUCAAUCAAAAUCAAGAAAAAGGCCGCGAAUGUGGUGGAUCAAGGUCGCAAUAUUGUGUUCAGUUAUAAUAGCAAUUCUUGCUAUCUUCUUAAAAUGGGGAGCACCCUUUCUAAUAGAGAAGGUUCUUUACCCGAUCCUGCAAUGGGCAACUGCAUUGGAUCGUCCAGUGCUUGCACUCAUACUUGUAGCUGCUUUGACAUUGUUUCCCGUGUUUCUAAUUCCUUCCGGUCCUCUCUUGCUGCUAUCUGGCAUGAUUUUUGGUUAUGGGUUCGGUUUUGUCAUAAUUAUGAUUGGAACAACCAUCGGAAUGACCCUGCCAUUCUUGACUGGUUUACUCUUUCGUGAUCGGAUUCAUCACUGGCUAAAGAGAUGGCCUCAAAAAGCUGCUAUGAUUAAAUUGGCUGGAGAAGGAAGUUGGUUCCAUCAAUUUAAAGUGGUUGCACUGUUCAGGAUUUCACCAUUUCCAUACACGAUAUUUAAUUAUGCUGUAGUAGUGACAAAUAUUCGAUUUUGGCCCUAUUUAUGUGGAUCAGUUACAGGAAUGAUCCCAGAAGCCUUUGUUUACAUCUACAGUGGUCGGGUAAUAAAGACGUUAGCAGAUGUCAAGUAUGGGAACCAUCACCUGAGUCUAGUGCAGAUAAUCUACAACGUAGUUUCUGUCGUCGUUGCCAUCAUUGCCAUAGUUGCUUUCACAAUCUGUGCUAAGAAAAAAUUGAAGAGUCUUAAAAGGUUAAGUACUGAAGCCGAAGGUGAUGUCAGUGGAAAGUGCAAUGAAGGUGAAAUUUCCGCUAGUGGAAGGAGCGAAGAAGGCUUUGCCAGUGGAAAGAGCAAUGAACUCGAAGGCGAAGGCUUUACCAGUGGAAAGAACGAUGAAUGUGAAAGCAAAGGCUCUGUUAAUGGAGAAGGCAACCAGGGCGCUCGCUCUGCUAAUGGAAAGAGCUAUGCAGGCGAAUGCUUUGGCAAUGAAAACAUCAUCUUUGAGCCAAAUGCGUCCUCUCGAAAGACGUCAUAG